GUGGUGAGGUUUGGAACCGUUGUUCGGUUGUGCACUUAUCACCAUGGUUGAUACUCGCAGUGGGAAGAGCACCAUGCCGUAUGGUAAGGCUCAAGAGGAGCAGGUUGCCGCCAUCCGAAGAGAGAGAAGGGAGAAGAAGGAGCUCCUUAGGCAGGCAAAGAUGAAGAUGAUAGCCGAGGAGCAGGCGGCGAAGAAGAAGUUGGAGGAGGAGAUGAAAAGAUUGCAGCAAGAGGAAGAGAGAAUGAGAGUUGCAAAGGAGGAAGAGGUUGAAGAGGAGGAGCAACCGGAAGAAGAGCCCCUCAAACGAAGAAGAUUGGGGGAAGGAGCAGAGAGCAGUGGCACGAAAGAAGAUGACCGGUGGGUGGAAAGGAGGAUAAGUGAGUGGGUGGCUAAUUUAUCUAUGGGAGAAUACGAAGAGGCGAUGCUCUAUAUACCUCAGGAGGAGAAGGAAGCAGCAAUCAGGGAGAUCGAGGCAACGAGUGAUCCCCUAGAACGUCAGGCCAUAGAGAAUGAGAAGAGAGGUUGGACUGGAAGUUACGCCUGACAAGGGAGAAGAAGAGGAGGACGGAGGAAGCCAACAAGAUGGCCAGAGAGGUGGAAAGUUUACAGACGUGUAGACAAGAGUAGAGGACCAGCCUGACAUUCAGGCUAAAUUAUACAAGAUCCUUGGGAGCAUCGAGCUCCUAGGUAGGGCCUGGACUGAACACCAUCAGUCUGUUAAGGGCCAAGACAUGGCCCUCCACUCCAUCCGGUAUGGUUUCAGGGACUUCGCGCGGGAUGUAAUGACCCAUGUAGGGCCCGAAGUCAGGAAGCUAAAGGACAACGCAAAUAAAUUCUGCGCAGGCGC